AUGGAUGCCAUGAGCCCCCCAUGGCCAUUGCUGGAUUUUGCCUGGUUGUCCGGGGGUGCUUUGGCCUGGCCGCUCAUCACCUUGCUGGCCUGGUUGGAGGCCUGGACCGUUGCCGCAGUGGAAGCAGGGAAACUCGCGGAAAAUGGUGCCGCGAGCGUUUCGCCGGGAGGGCUCUUCAACUUGGCUCAGGGUCUUCGGGGAGAGUUGGUUUGUGUCGGACCCUUUUCAAUUGGCAACAUCCUAGCGAUUGGCUCAGAGUUCCGUGCCUUUGUGAGUGCAAUGGGGCGGUUCAACAAGGCGAAGGCGGCGCCGGCACCUUCUGUGAGUCGAGGUGGCCAAGAGGUGCCCGUGAAGACACUCCAGGAGCUGGUGGCCAUGCAGCCGUUGCCGUUGGGCGGUGUGUCGUGCCUUGGGCGUAUCGUGUACCAGUUCGGCUUCAGCAGUGGUCGAUAUCCGGCCACCAAAGUCGUGAUCAAAGGUGCAGGCGAAGAUGGACCCACCGUUCUUGUGAAAUUUGCCCAGGAGGCUCCGAAAUUUAGCCAGUGCCGCUAUGAUGGCAACCUCGCCGAGGAAAGAUCCUACAAUUGCAGUGUCGAUCAGUCGACGGUGCAGGUGGUGAACGAUCAUCCGCAAGCGUCGGAGUUCGCGAAGGCGGAGUUCGACGUGUUGAACCUUCACGAGCUGCCCAGGGAUGGUGCCGACUAUUAUGCGGCCGUGGGUGGGCAGAUUGUGGAGCUUGGUCCGCUGAGCGGGGAGGGCGAAAAGCACCGACGCCAAGUCAGGGUGGCGGACAUUGACAGCACCACCAAUGACCGAUACGACAUCGUCCUAUUUGAUAGCCUUGCGCAGCAUCCUCUCUUGGUGCCCAACCAGAAGAUUGUCAUUGCAGGCCUUCACGUGUCUGGAUCGGAAUUGAGAGUCUAUGCUAACCUUGGCAACAUCAUGUCGUUUGAAGAGGAGAGCACUGAGGGGCGUGCGGAGACAUGGGUGGCAGGUCUUCGCAGUCGAAAUUGUGGCACAGAUGGUGCGGAGCUGGGGGGCAAGCCGAGCACUGCGAGCAAGCAGGUGGCCAGCCCAGCAUUUCCCUUGGGCGGUUUAUGGGAAGAGUUGCGCAAGCUGUGGGAGGACAAAGAAGUCGGGAAGCUGUCUGAUGAUUUCUUCGCAGUGCCUUGCCAGAAGUUGUUGGCAGAGGCCAAGAAGGUGAAGGUGGAGUUCAUGGCGGGCGAAGGUGGUGCCAUGCAACUUCAUUUUGCACCUGCUGAUGAAGAGUUAGUUCUUGCGGCUCUGAAAGAUGGCCACAUCCAGGCAGUCAAGCCGACCAAAGGCAAUAUGGAGGAUGCAGUCAUGGAGGAUGCACAGUCUUUGAAGCCGUGCAGCAAAGCAGCAUUGCCGACACCGGGGCCUCCUUUGAAAGAGCUGCGGGCUUUCAUGCUGGAACUCUUCGAGCCUAAGUUCUUCGGUGGGGGCAACAAUGGCCGUGAUGCAGCCAAGCUUUUUCUGGGUGGGAUCAUGAGUCUCGAUUGGAAGUUUGCGCUGCCUCUGAAGCGUGGUGCGCAAUUGAAGGUGGAAUGCUGGUGCACGGCAGCUGAGCUACAAGCGUUUUCUGAGGCCGUGGUCGGCCGUGGCCUUGGGCGAGUUCGUGAAAUCACGAUGGCAGACAAGGCUUCGGAACGGCGACAGCAGGCGCAGAAGCGUUUGGCCACGGCUCAGAGCUUGGCGGCGUCUUUGCACGCAAGCAGACCGGCAGGUGGCAAUGCAUCCAAGCGACGUCGCAGCUUGGACAGGCUGGAAGAGAUCCUAUUGGUCAGUACGAGGGAAGCUGCUCAGCACCUGCAAUCUGUUCAGUCCGCCAUUGAUGCUGGCGACAUUGAUGCUGGCGAUGGUGAUGACUAG